UAUUGCAUGUUCAAUUGAUCCUGAUCUAACAAGUCCAUUGGUCGGAUUCUGGAUCCUUUCUUCAUUAAAAGACCAAGUCAAUGAGUCAAUGACAUUCACCAGGGAAUGACUAGUGGCAUAACUAGUGGCAUGACAGAGAAUGGCUAGCUGGGACUAGGCAUUGUAUUGCCCCUUAAAAUCCAGCCCUGUGCUAUCUUUCGUGCAUAAAGGACAGUCGCAUUCACUUUCCUGAAUCUUACACAUACACAAGACACAAAAGAGAAGGUACAAUGGCCGAGUCAAAAAACACAUCAACCUUGCCGGAGGCAGAGUCUCCCACUGAGGAGAUUUCACAACCAGUCAAUGCUGCAGACGCUGUUACUCCCGUUCCAACGGAGAACCAUACUGGGUCGACUGAUUCGUCAGACAACCCUCCUGCUUAUACCCGUGACAAACAAGUACCCACCACCAAUCCAUACCCAGGAUACACCCCCAUAACCAUGACCGUCGUUCCAAUCCCACUACACCAACUGGACGAUUUCCCAGCACACGUCGUAUGCCCCUGGUGUCAUACCCUAACACUCACAAACGUCAGAAGAACCAAUUCAUCUGGAACAAUCAUAACAUCUGUUCUCUGCUGCUUAUUCUGCAACAUCGUCUGUUUAUGUGUCCCUGCUCUGAUGGGCUGGUUUCAGAAUAUUGAGCAGAUAUGCGGGAAUCCGAAUUGUAGGAAGAGGAUAGCUUAUAGGCCGUAUGGUGGGGAGAUGCAGGUUGAGACGGUGAUUCGGACGCCUGAUCAGAGCCAGACUAAGAUGACUUGAUAUGCUUGUAAUUAUAUUCUAUAGGUACGGCACCUUGCAAGUUCUGCUUUACAUGGUUCGCGAGUCUUCGACUCUUUCUAGGUGCCACUCCCGUAACCUAAUCUUCACUUGGUUUAUACU